CUGAAAAUGGCCGACAAGUCGUCACACGAAAUUGUCUCUUACGCGGGUUACUUCGUCUUCCCAAAUUAGUGUUAUCGCGGGACUGUCGCGAAAAAAGUGUCUCCGUGAUCAAGUGCAAAAGGGCGUCAACUCGCCAAGUGUUUUUCACCGAGAGAAUUCUCUAGGAAUUUGCCUGUGCAGAAGAAUCGAGCCGAGUCGCGAGAAGGAACCUUGGAUUUUUGAAUUUAAAUUUAGAAAUGGAUCAGAACGCCUACAUCAUUGUAUCACUAAACAAGCUCUUUGCACCUUGGAAUUAAAAUCUUUUUUAUCAAGAUGCGGGAGAGAUAUAGCGUGAUCCCCUGGAGGUUAAUGGGGAUCUGAGCGAGUUUAAUCAGUUACUUGAACCGAAUUCAGCACUCAUAUUUAUAAAACUAAUAAAAUUAAAAAAUGAGGAUUACUUGAAGCUACCAGGAAGUGCAAAAACACUAAAAAGAACCUGGAAAUUUACAACCGGGAUUAUCAUCGACAGGAUCAUUUGUACUUGAUAAAAGGUCAUAUAGUCGACUUGUGUUUUCCAUGAAAGACUGCUGCACACCUCUCAAAGAUAAUAUUGAGAAUAGUCUGUGAAUAGUUAUGUUUAUGUUUUUUUCUUGUUUCUUUUUUUUCGAGUGAAAGUCACUUAGUGAUAUAAAUAUAGUGAAUUGGUUGAGUGUUUUGUGCACUAUGUAAAGACGGUUUGGAUCAGUGAAUUUUUGUUUUUCUUUGGUAAAAGAAUUUUCUAACUAGCAAUAUGUCAUUCCUGUCGAAUCUGAAGAAGGCAUUCCACUUUGGUGGCAAUGAAGCAAAGAAGAAGAAGCUGUAUAACAAUAUCAAAAUGGACUGCGACCCGGAGGAAUUCUGGGAUAUGGUCGGGGAACUCGGUGGUGGGGCUUUCGGAAUUGUUUAUAAGGCGCAGCAAAAGACAACGCAUCAGCUGGCUGCUGCAAAAAUGUGUGCAUUAGAUGGAGAAGAUGACUUGAGCGACUUUAUGAUUGAAAUAGACAUUUUGUCAGAAUGCAGGCAUCACAAUAUAGUUGAAUUGUACGAAGCGUACUUCACAGAAGGAAAAUUAUGGAUGUUAAUCGAGUAUUGUGACGGCGGCGCCGUGGAUUCCAUAAUGGUUGAAUUGGAAAAACCACUGACUGAACCUCAAAUUUCCUAUGUUUGUCAAAACAUGACCAAAGGUCUGGCAUUUUUGCACAAAUCCAAAGUUAUACACAGGGACUUAAAAGCAGGAAAUGUUCUGCUUACAAUGGCAGGUGGAGUUAAAAUAGCCGAUUUCGGGGUUUCGGCAAAAAAUAAGCAAACCCUGCAGAAACACGAUACUUUUAUUGGAACGCCAUAUUGGAUGGCACCAGAAGUAGUUUUAUGUGAGACGUUUAGGGACAAUCCGUAUGAUUUCAAGGUGGACAUUUGGUCUCUCGGGAUAACUCUAAUAGAGUUUGCUCAGAUGGAACCACCAAAUCAUGAAAUGUCGCCAAUGCGAGUUUUACUCAAGAUUCAGAAAAGCGAUCCACCAAAGCUUGAGCAGCCUGGCAAGUGGAGCAAAGAAUUCAACGAUUUCAUUGCCAAGGCGCUCAUUAAAGAUCCUUCAACCAGGCCAACUGCAGAUGAAUUACUCAAGCACUCGUUUGUUAAUUGUACUUUGGAUUCGAAACCAAUCCGGGACUUGUUACUAGAGUACAAAGCUGACGUUGUCGAGGAAGAGCUCGUUGAUGAAGAAGCCGAGGAGCAGCGCACGUCACAGCUUCCCCUGGAGCUGGAUCAACUCGGAGAUGACUCUGCAUCUGUGCGCAGUGAAACUGACGUUAAAAUUAUCGAGAAAGAAUCUGUCAUCGCACCACCCGUAUCUGCAAAGAAGGAAGAAAGUCACAAGAGAGAAAUUAAUCGGGAUGGCGAGAAGGAGGAGAGAAAUAAGAAAAUACGGAAAACUGACUCUAAAGAAAAUAUUCCCACGUCAGUGGAAAAGAAGCAGGCGCCAAAGCCUCCAGUUACGGGUGAGACGAAUGAGAGACGGAUAUCCCGAGAAAAAGGCCCGGCGCCACCUCCACCGCCGUUGCCUCGUCAGGACAGCAAGAACGAUGAGAAGGAAAAUCUUCCCAAAACUGCGGAAAAACCAAGUGCCAUGGAAGAAGUGUUGUCAGAACGUCGAAAGUCCAUCGCUGACGAAAAAAUGCAAAACAAAAAUAUCACAGCAGUGCUAAAUCACAAUAAAGAGGAAUCACAGAAACUGAAUGGGGAGAGCAAGAAACCACUGGAGAAAAAAAUCAGUCUGGACAAUACAGAGAAAACAAAGUCGCCAAAGGAGGAGAAAGCGGGCAGUCCCGAAAAACCUAAAAAUGUCGAUAUGAGGCCAAAAUCUACGGAAAAUAAGAAAAAUUCUGGCAGUAAAAAGCAGAUGAGUGUCGAGGAGAAACGAAAAUCCGCACCCGUUAGGCCCGAAUCCAGUGACGAGUGGAAGAAACCUGCUUUCAACAAGCAGAGUUCCUUGGAGGAGAAAAACAGACUUGAGAGAAAAUCGUCGAUUGAAAACAUCAAGAGCCUACAAGAAAAACGAAGAUCUGUCGAGGAGAAACUGAAUGCUGUAUUGGAAAGGCAAAUAUCUAUCGAAGCUGGAAAGCGUAUUGGCGAUACGAUUGCCGAAAAACCGAAACAACAACCCCUGAGUACCACGCGAAAUGCUGCAUUAUCGGAGAAAAGUUCUGUGAAGGCGAGUUCGACUGGCGACAUCAAGAAAAACAUUGAAUCAUCAAGUGCAGAUAGUCUCGAGAAAUGCCGUAGCGAAGGCUCAUCGAGAAACGAUUCUUCGGAAAAUGUUUCGGAUGAAUACGAGAUAAAGGGGGCAAAUCAUGCGAGUACUCCGAAGGAACCACCUACUCGCGAAAGUCAUCCCAGGCAACGCUCAAGAGAUAGACGAGGUUCCGGCUCAGCGCUUAAUGUUUCGGUUAUCACGUCAACUCCACACAGAAGCAAAAGCGUAUCCAGAAGCGGCAGUGGAGAUAAUAUCGUCGUUAUUACGGGGAAAGCACAGCCUGAUCAUGAGACACGUUUGAAUACAUCAACAGUGAGGAUCACGACUGAGACUCAAGAUCCAUCAAAUAGUCUCGCAAGUAACGUGAGUCAGGUGACUGUCGUGACAACUCAUCCGCCGGUUCUGGUCGAUGCGACAUCAACACCGCCUCCGAGACGCUCGUCGCCGACCUCCGAGGUCGUGAUCGUCGCCAACGAAACAAACAAAACACAAGUGAAUGAGAGCUCAACCGACGACGACGGUUUUCCGAGUCUCGACAGUCUGGAGUACACACCUCAGGAGCAGUCUAUCGUCAUCACCGAGAGUAAGAAGAAGAAGAUCGGCAAGAAAUUGGACGAAUCUGAAGUCAUCAUAGUCAGUCCAAUCGUGGACGAGUUACAAGACAGAGAUACUAGUCACGUCUCGGUCGUUACGGUCGGCGAUGAGCAGGAACAGGUGAAAGAUUCGUCCGUCAUCGGUUUGGUGCGAACUGGUUCCUCCCUGAGCGAGAUGAGUUCCACCGGGAGAAGUUCCAAGAGCGACAGUGGAGAUGAGACGAGCAAAAGGAUGAUGCUAGUUCCCGGCAGUGUCGAGUCAUCCGAGGUUGAUGAUUCUGGCCACAGGAGUACUGUGAAGAUGAACGGACUGAAGAAAACUCCGUCGCAGGUGAACAGGGUGUCCUCGAAAAUGAGGAAAAAUGAGGGCCCGAAAGUGUCGAAAGAGAAGCGAAUCUCGCCGGACAGUUACGAGGGUUCCAGGUCCUACAGUGACUCGGGAUCAACGCGAUCGCACACCCCGAGUAAGAGUGUUGAUCGCUCGGACGCCGAGUCCAUCUCGACGACAAUCAGCCAGGACAGUCGUGGUUCCAACAAGGAGAAUAAUGUUGGCCGUGAGUCUCGGCAGUCUUCCGAAAUUGAUGACGAGGUGGUUCUGCGCCGAAAGCCCGACUAUAAUCGUGAUGUGCCGCGCACGCCACGCACCAAGGAGGACAUACAGAUGAUGAAUCUGAAGAAGAAGACGAGGAAGCGAACGAGAAAGUUUGAGAUUGACGGCGUGGUUGUGACGACGACGACCUCGCGAGUGAUUUACGGCGACGAUGAGAACGGGCGGGUCUAUGACGAUCAGAUAUUCAGAAAGCAGGAGCUGCGCGAGUUGAAGAUGCUGCAGAAGAUGGAGCAGAAGCAGUUUCAGGAUCUGUCGCAGAAGGCCCAGCUGAACAAGGACCAGCAGGAGAAGCGUUUCGAGCAGGAGAGACAGUUACUGGAGCGGGGAGCCGAGUCGGAUUUGGAAAUAUUGGCGCGACAGCAGCGGCAGCAGAUUGAACGUGCCGAGACGCAACAGGAGGCCGAUUUGAGAUUGGCCUCGAAGAAGAUUCGCAGUGAGCAGGAGCGCGAGUUGAAGCAAUUCCGCGAGGGACUGAAGCAGGAUUUGCGACUGAUCAAGCAGGAGGUGGAUCUGCUGCCGAAGGAGAAGCGAAAGAAUGCGUUCAAAGUGCGCAAGGAGAAGCUGGAGGCCGAGCACGAGGAGCGUGAGAAACUGUUCCUGGAGAAGUUGAACGAGAGCCACGAGAUGUCGCUGAGACGAUUGUCGGACAGUCAUCGGGAGAAGAUAGCGCUGAUGGAGCGGCAAUUUUUGCAGCAGAAGCAGCAGCUGAUGCGGGCUCGGGAGGCGGCAAUUUGGGAAUUGGAGGAGCGGCAGAUACAUGAGAGACAGCAGUUGUUGAAGCGACAGCUCAAGGACAUCUUUUUCCUCCAGCGGCAUCAGAUGCUGAUCAGGCACGAGAAGGAGCUCGAGCAGAUGAAGAGGAUGAAUCUGCGCAAGGAGGAGGAGUUGAUCAAACGGCAGAAUAUUGAGCGCAGGAAUUUGCCGAAGAGAAUUCGCAAUGAGAUGAAGGCGCGGGAGAUGAUGUUUCGCGAAUCGAUGAGAAUUUCGAUAACGACAACGGCGACUCCGGACCCGGAUGCGGAGCGGGACAAGCUGAAGAAGUUCCAGGAGAAUGAGAAGAAGAGGUAUCGGGCUGAACAGCAGCGCUUUGAGUUGAAGCAUGCGAGACAGCUGGAGGAGGUGCGGGCUCAGAGCGACGCGAAUAUCAAGGAGCUCGAGCAGUUGCAGAACGAGAAGAGGAAAAUGCUGAUGGAGCAUGAGACGAUGAAAUUGAAGGAGCAAGAGGAAGCGUAUACUAAAGAACUCAGGGAGUGGAAGACUCAACUGAAACCUCGUAAGCAGAAAAUAGAGGCGGAGCUGGCAACUGAAAUGGAAGCCUUGGAGGCUCGUUACCGCGGCUAUUUACCGUCUCGUCUUAGCGGCCUCUAUUUCAAUACCUUCGACUACUCUAGUCUCUCACUAUCCGACUCCUUCAGAGGAUCCCCGCAAAUUCCUCGAUCCACUCCCAAUUCGCCAUCUUCUUCGUUCAGCAUUCCUCGAGUAACAUUAAAAGCUAGCGGCUCAGACACAAGUUCAUUGAGCAGCGGCACGCUUUCCCGAAAACAUUCUAAACCUGACCUGAUUCACUCGGAAAAAUAUUUCUCUUGAAUUCCGCAAUAACUUUUUUUUCAUUUACCCAAAAAUGAAGAAAAAAAAAAUCGCAAAAUGAAGGAUAAAUUAAGAAAAUGAUUUUUAGUUAAAGACACAUUUUUUCAUGGGAACAAGAAAUCAUUUCUUUGAAUCAAAGAAUAAUGUUCAUUGGCUGCCACAAGGAGACUGGAUAACGAUUAAUAUCUGACAAAACAUUACUUUGCCAAUGGAGACGCGUUUUUGGAAAUAACGACUUUUGAAUUUUUCUUUGCGGAUUAAAAUGUUUAUUCAUUCGAAUCCUAUGUAAAAUUAUGUUAAUAUUACAU